UCAUCGCAGAACGGGCGCGCGGCCGAGGGCUGGUAUUGUGAUGCGGGAGCGCGCGCAGAGAGAGAGAGAGAGAGAAAAACGCGGAAACGGGAGAAAGAGGAGGAGACACGAGAACACGGAGAGAGAGAGAGAGAGAGAGAGAGGCGCGUCAACCGGAGACCGCCUGUGCUCCAAUACCGCGUUUCUAGCGCGCAGUUUUUGUGUUUGUCUCUGGAUUAAAUCUGUGGAUCGUUGAGAAUCAUUCGGGAUUGUGAGUGUACAGCAGAAACAGGAAGAUGUCGGGGAACCGAGAGGAGGAGCGGCGCAAGCUGGCCGACAUCAUUAACCACUGGAACGCGAACCGGCUCGACCUGUUCGAGAUCAGCCAACCGACCGAGGAGUUGGAGUUCCACGGCGUGAUGCGGUUCUAUUUCCAGGACAGAGUGGCCGGGAACUUCGCCACCAAGUGCAUCCGUGUGUCCAGCACAGCCACCACACAGGACGUGAUCGAGACGCUCGCCGAGAAAUUCCGGCCCGACAUGAGGAUGCUCUCGUCGCCCAAAUACUCCCUGUACGAGGUGCACGUCAGCGGGGAAGAACGGAAGCUGGACCUGGACGAGAAGCCCCUGGUGGUGCAGCUCAACUGGAACAAAGACGACAGAGAGGGACGCUUCGUCCUCAAGAACGAGAACGACAUCAUCCCAAAGAAAAUCCAAAGCAACGGGCCUGAGAAAGAGAAAGAAGGCGUGAUCCAGAACUUCAAAAGGACUCUGUCCAAGAAAGAGAAAAAGAAAGAGAAGAAAAGGGAUAAAGAGGCCUGCGCCCGGAUUCCCGACGGAGACGAGCACGCGCUGAACGAGGACGGAGGGGACUCCAGACUGGCGGCGGAGGUGUACAAGGACAUGCCCGAGACCAGCUUCACCCGCACCAUCUCCAACCCCGAGGUGGUGAUGAAGAGGCGGAGACAGCAGAAGCUGGAGAAGAGGAUGCAGGAGUUCCGCAGCGGAGACGGACGGCCUGACUCAGGGGGGACGCUGAGGAUCUACGCAGACAGUCUGAAGCCCAACAUCCCCUAUAAGACCAUCCUGUUGUCCACCACCGACACGGCCGACUUCGCCGUGGCCGAGGCUCUGGAGAAGUACGGCCUGGAGAAGGAGAACCCCAGAGAGUACUGCAUCGCUCGGGUGGUCCACUGUGAUGAUAAACCUGUAAAAGAGACCAUACUGGAGGACUCGGAGUGCCCUUUACAGAUCUUCAGAGACUGGACCAGUGAUAAAGAGGCGUUAGUGUUCCAGCUGAAGAAACGUCCUCCCGACUUCAUGCCUAAGAAAGGAGUCAAGCCGGGCGACAGGAUGGGGCCGCUGCAUGGGGCGCUACCUCCUGAGAAACUGCCCUACCUGGUCGAGCUGAGUCCAGAUGGUUCAGACUCCAGGGAUAAGCCUAAACUGUACCGGUUACAGCACAGCGUGACCGAGGUCGGCUCGGACCGGAGCGAAGACGGAAACAUCCAGCUGUUUGGGCCGGGUAUCCUGCCGCACCACUGUAACCUGAUGCACGCUGAUGGUCUGGUCACGGUCACGCCCGUCACUCUGGACGCCGAGACCUUCGUGGACGGACAGAGGAUCUCGGACACCACGGUGCUGCGCAGUGGGAUGACGCUGCAGUUCGGCGCCGCGCACGUCUUCAAGUUCGUGGACCCCAGUUACGACCACGGCCUGGGCAUGAGAGACCCGGGGGGCAUGGUGAAGGGCAGACACAAGUCAGGGAGUGUACCAGAGACGGCCUUUGACCUGCAGGGGGACAUUCACAGCGGUGCUGCACUCCCAACCAGCAAGAGCUCAGGGAAGCUGGACAUGGAUCGUCCGGGUAACAUCGGGGAGAGAGGCAUGGUGAAGCCCAUGAUCCGCGCAGACCCCGACUUCGCAAAGCAUGAUGGGAGGCCCCAUGACAGCCCCGAUAUCACCCUGCCGGCCAGCAUCGAGUUCAGGGACAACUCUGAAGAUGCUUUCCUGUCGGCCAUCAUCAACUACACCAACAGCUCCACGGUGCACUUUAAGCUGUCCCCCACCUACGUGCUGUACAUGACCUGCCGCUACGUGCUGUCCAGCCACUACAGACCCGACAUCAGCGCGUCAGAGCGCACGCACAAAGUCAUCGCCAUCGUCAACAAGAUGGUGAGCAUGAUGGAAGGAGUGAUCCAGGAGAUUCCUGAAGGUGACCAGAAGCAGAAAAAUAUCGCUGGCGCUCUGGCCUUCUGGAUGGCCAACGCCUCGGAGCUGCUCAACUUCAUCAAGCAGGACAAAGACCUGAGCCGCGUCACGCUGGACGCACAGGACGUCCUCGCGCACCUCGUCCAGAUGGCCUUCAAGUACCUGGUUCACUGCCUGCAGUCAGAUCUGAACAACUACAUGCCGGCGUUCCUCGACGAUCCUGAAGAACAAAACCCACAGAGACCCAAGAUCGAGGACGUGCUGCACACGCUGACAGGCGCCAUGUCGCUGCUGCGCCGUUGCCGUGUGAACGCGGCCCUCACCAUCCAGCUGUUCUCUCAGCUCUUCCACUUCAUCAACAUGUGGCUGUUCAACAAGCUGGUGACUGAAUCCGACUCGGGUCUGUGCUCGCACUACUGGGGCGCCAUCCUGCGCCAACAACUCAGCCACAUCGAGGCCUGGGCUGAGAAACAAGGCCUGGAGCUCGCCGCAGACUGCCACCUCAGCCGCAUAGUGCAGGCAACGACUCUCCUCACCAUGGACAAGUACUCUGUGCAGGACGUCCAGAACAUCAACAACACGUGCUUCAAGCUCAACUCUCUGCAGCUCAACGCGCUCAUGAGUAACUACCACUGUGCCCCGGACGAGCCCUACAUCCCCCCUGAGCUGAUCGAUCACGUGGUGGCCGUGGCGGAGAACACGGCGGACGAGCUGGCUCGCAGCGACGGCCGGGAGGUACAGCUGGAGGAGGAUCCCGACCUACAGCUUCCCUUCCUGCUGCCGGAGGACGGUUACUCCUGCGACGUGGUCCGCAACAUUCCCAACGGCUUCCAGGAGUUCCUGGACCCACUGUGUCAGAGAGGUUUCUGCCGUCUGACUCCUCAUCCUCGCUCUCCAGGAACCUGGACCGUCUACUUUGAAGGCGCCGACUGCGACAGCCACUUCUCAGCGGAUAACUCUGACCUGCCAAUGAGGAAGGAACCUGAAGUCGUGACGGUGACGUUGAAGAAGCACAAUGGCAUGGGCCUCAGCAUCGUCGCUGCCAAGGGUGCUGGACAGGAGAAACUUGGGAUUUAUAUCAAGUCUGUCGUCAAAGGAGGAGCUGCAGACAUGGACGGCCGUCUGGCUGCCGGAGAUCAGUUGCUCAGCGUGGACGGGAGAAGUCUAGUCGGACUUUCUCAGGAGAGGGCGGCGGAGCUGAUGACUCGCACAGGCUCGGUGGUGACUCUGGAGGUGGCCAAACAGGGGGCUAUUUACCACGGCCUGGCCACGCUGCUCAACCAGCCGUCUCCCAUGAUGCCGCGCGCGUCAGACCGAGGCCGUAUGGAUAAAGGCAAAGCCAGGCCGAAGAGCGAGGGCUUCGAGCUCUACAACAACUCUGUGCAGAACGGCUCUCCGGAGAGCCCACCGGGGAACUGGGACUCGUACCCCGAGCAGAAGAGGGACGAGAGGCUGCUGAAGAACCGCGCGGACCACCGCUCCAGCCCCAACGUAGCCAAUCAAGCCCAGAGUCCAGGGGGAAAGCCCGUGUACCCAGGAGCGCCGGGAAAAAUCACCUCUGUCUCCACAGGCAACCUGUGUCCUGAUGAGGAGCCGUCCCCAAACCGUCCAGAGGCGUACCCCAUCCCCACGCAGACGUACCCCAGGGACUACUUCACCUUCCCAGCCUCCAAAUCUCAGGACAGGAUGGGGCCUGGACCCGGGCAGGUCUGGCACGGAGGCGAGCCUGAGCCGCUUCCUCCCAUGGACGAACAUCACCAUAACAACAUGGCAAUGCAGCGGGUAGCACGCUCUCAGGAGGAGCUGUGUGACGCCCCCGCUAGAUACCCCGGCGAGCGAGUGCGGCAGGAUGACCUACUCCACCUACAGCAGCAACAGCGCGAGGCAGAGUACCAGCGUGGUGGAGAUCCCUGGAACCACCACGUCUCCUCCUCUGUGGAGUCCAGCACCUCCAGCCAGGAGCACCUCAACAACUACUCCACCUCCUCCAGCAACCACAAGAGCGGCGCCGGCCGCUGGAAAACACCCGGAGUGCCCCAGCCCGGCCCGGUGGGUGUGUCUCAGCCCUCUCGUACAGACCUGCCUCCGCCUCCUCCACCGCCUCCACCUGCGCACUAUGACUACGAUCCGCAGACUGACCUGCCCCUGCCUCCGCCUCCCACCGUCACCCAGCAGCAGGCCGCGGCCGACCGCAAGAAACGCGAGGAGCAGCAGCGCUGGUACGAGAAGGAGAAGGCACGGCUGGAGGAGGAGCGCGAGAGGAAGAGGAGGGAGCAGGAGAGGAAGCUGGGGCAGAUUCGUAACCCUGCCGUGCCGCCACCCGUCCUACACAACAACAGCCAGCACCAGCAGAUGCCCCCACCUCAACAGAUCCCCCAGCCCUACCUGCCCCCGGCUCAACCUCCCCAAACGCAACUUCCCCGCCCUGAGAAACUACCCACUCUGCCUCGUGCUCCUCCUCCUCCCGCUCCUCAGGACACGGUGAUCCGGGACCUGCAGCCUCAGCAGCAGCCGCGCACCAUCGAGAGGCGCGACCUGCAGUACAUCACCAUCAGCAAAGAGGAGCUGUCUGCGGCCGACAGCCUGUCGCCAGACCCGUGGAAGAGGGAUGCCAGGGAGAAGUUGGAGAAGCAGCAGCAGCUGCACAUCGUCGACCUGCUCGACAAGGAGAUCCAGGAGCUGCAGGCCAAGCCGGAGCGCACGGCCGAGGAGAGCGACCGUCUGCGCAAGCUCAUGCUGGAGUGGCAGUUCCAGAAGAGGCUGCAGGAGUCCAAGCAGAGCGAGGAGGACGAGGAGGAGGAGGACGACGAAGACGUCGACACAGUGCUGAUCAUGCAGAGGCUGGAAGCGGAGAAGAGAGCACGGCUGCAGGACGAGGAGCGGCGACGGAAGCAGCAGCUGGAGGAGAUCCGUAAGCGUGAGGCAGAGGAACGAGCCAAGCAGGAGGAGGAGAGACGUCGGAGAGAAGAAGAGCGAGCCAGACGAGAGACCGAGGAGAAGAGGAGACAGGAGGAGGAGUACUACACCCGCCUGGAGGCGGGGAGGCGCCGGCAGCACGAGGAGGCCGAGCGCAAGCUGCUGACGCCAGACGAGCCUGGUCUGUACAGACCUCCUCUUCCCUGGGACUACCAGCCCCCCCCUCCUGCCACUAACACCAACACCAACCCUCCUCCGACCCCGCCUCAGAGAAACACCUCGUACCUCAAAACCCAGGUCGUCUCCCCCGACACCUUAUACACUGCCAAGUUUGUCUCGUACAAUGACGAGGAGGAGGAGGAGGAGGAUGAUGCAGGCUUAGCAGGUCAGGUUAAGCUCUCUGCUACGCGGAAGUCCUAUGGCGACCUUGUGCCUGCCCAAAAGCCCCUGCCGCCGCCCACUGCGCGCAAGCCCCGCCCGCUCUCGGACGGCAUCUUUUUGUCCGGCUCAUUCCAGCUGCCUGCGGCCAAUUCCAACAGUACUGCUCCCAACGCAGGGCAAGGGUUUAAUUCAUACACUGGAAACACGACGGGAGUUGUAGGAUCGGGAGAAGUUUACAAGGACCCACGAGAGAAAUGGACAAAAGGUGGACCAGACCAAGAGAACUCGAUAGCCGGAGCGCCAGAGAAUCUCACGUUUAAGGAGCGUCAGAGACUUUUCUCACAGGGAAAAGAGGUUUCCAACAAAGUCAAGGCCUCACGCAAGCUCAUGGAGCUGGAGAACGAACUGAACACGAAACAGUAGCUAAGAGUUUAUUUUGGUUUUUUUAGCGGGACUCAACACUAAUCCCUGACCCAGCACUGGAAAGAGAACGAAUCAGCCGGAGCUUCCCUUUUUCUUUUCUUUUUCUUUUUUUUUUUCUUUUUCCAAAUUCAUUUUGAUUUGUAUGGCAUAACUGGACCAGUAAGUAUAAUUUUAGCGUUGCGAGACAAUUCUGCGUGAUUUUUCCCUCCAGCGUAUCGGAUAUAUAAUAAAGCACUGUACAAAUCUUUUAAUGAUGUUAAUGCUGAAUUUGAAAUGGCAUAUUUUUGGUUUGUGAAAUGUUCAUUCUGAAAGAAAGGGGGAGAAAGAAAAAAAAAAAAAAAAGCGACACGCUCUCUUCAUAUUUUAUUUUUUUAAAUAUCACUGAUCGUAACGUGGGACGUUUUAUGGUGGUGUUUUAUCUGCGAACUUCCACGCUUUAUUCUUUAUUUUUCCCUCCCCUUUUCUGAAAGUUUCCCGUCUCCCAGUACAGAAAUGUAAAAGAGCGAGGUCGUUACAGGUCAUUCGCACGUUCGUUCAUCCACACGGACUCGUCUCUGUAAACGUUUUAACACUUAGGCAGAGUUCACGAAUCUCGUCGAACGUCGGUCUCCGUCUGGCUUCAGGAUGGAGACGAGGAGGUUUGUGUUUGUAUUAUAAUUCCACAGAGAGAGUGAACGUUUCAGUUUUAUAUUUUUCUAUUAUAAUAGUUUCUAUUAUAAUAGUUUUCUAUUUUCCCACUUUUAGUUUUUUAUGAUGAUGAAAAGGAUUCGAUGGAAGUGAAGUGACGUGUGAUAGUCGAGUUGAGGUUGAGGAAGUGAAAGGGAAUGAGACGAACCUUGCUUUCGCAGGUAUUUCUUUUUUGAACUCCACAAAGUCUGAGCCACGCGAGUUAUAAAUGAACGAAAACGCAAAAAAAAAAAGGAUUAUUUCAUCUUUUAUUAUUUUUUUUCUUCUUCUUCUUCUUUCUUUUAUUUGUUUUCAGACCAGCCCUGGUGUUCUAACGUCAUUAUAACCGAAUUCAUCUUCAUUUCCCUUGACCACACAGUAGUGGAGUUAAAGUUGAACAUGUGGUUGUAGAUCUCCAUUGACACUCGGGACUCGCUGGUGUAUGUGUAAAUUAUUUUGUUUCUGGUUUGUUUUGUUUUUUUUCCCCCUCCAAGAAUACACAAACUUUGUAAAUUGAACCAAUGCAUAACACUUUAGUGUCAAUAUUCCUUCACCAUUUAUUUCUGCUUCAGAAAAUGUAAACUGACAUGUAUACACACUCAUAUGUUUAUCAUUUUAGGUUCAGGAAGAGUUCAUUUGAUUUCAUUUUAAUGGUUGUUACAUGUUAGGCUUUUGUAAAUCAUAAAUAAAUUCAGAUUUUACAAAUAAAAAAAUAAAAAGCUGUACUGUU